ACUGCUGCAUCAGUGCAAUGUCCAAAACUAGUGACGCAAACACUCAGACAUAAAAGGCCUGUGAAGGGAAGUCUCUGCAGAAGAGACUGAAGGCUUUCACACAGCAAAGACCAGAUCGUUUUAUCUAUUAGCGAGAGUUGGAUUUCUCCUGGCAAGCAGCGUGAGGAUGUGGACGCUGGGUCUUCAGGUGGCCGUCAUCGGUGUUCUCCUCCAGGUUCCAGGUUGUUCUCCAUCAUGUCUCAUAAUGGGUUCUGUAGCCAACUGUGGCUUCCAGAAACUCAGCUCGGUUCCUCCUCUCCCUCCCCACAUCACCCACCUGUACCUGGAGAUGAACCACAUUGGUGAGAUCAACUCCACCUCCCUGUCAGGCCUGGAGGAGCUGCAGGCACUGGACCUCGGAAAUCAGUAUGUGCCGCUUGUAAUCCGGAACAACGUGUUCAGCAGACAAAGACGCCUGACGAAGCUGGUGCUCGGCUUCAACGCCGGUCUUCGAUUGGAACCAAAGGCUUUUGUGGGACUGUCCAGUUUGAAGAAUCUCCACCUGGAUUCCUGUUCGCUUAAUGAGUCCAUACUGUCAGACAAUUAUCUGGAGCCACUGUCCUCCUUAGAGACUCUUGACCUCUUUGGCAAUCGGAUAAAGAGACUCCAGCCUUCAGUGUUCUUUGCAAACAUGACUAAUUUGAAAAAUCUGAAUCUCAAGUUGAACUCAAUUAACAAAAUAUGUGAGUCUGAUCUGGUUGGUUUCCAGGGAAAGCACUUUGAGGUUCUGAACUUAAACUCUGUUCACUUUCAGGCCAUGUCUAGAGAAGAUUUUGACUGGCAGAAAUGUGGGAAUCCUUUUAGAGGAAUGUCCAUUCAGACACUUGACCUGUCUGGUAAUGGGUUUAGUGUGGGUAAAUCAAAAAAGUUUUUCACAGCGAUUGAGGGAACUAAGAUCUCCCAUCUCAAGCUGUCAGGACAUAUAGGUAAAGGAUUUUUCUUCAAUAAUCUCCCUGAUCCAGACCACAGCACGUUUGAAGGCCUGAAGAACAGUUCGGUCUUCACUUUGGAUAUGUCUAAAAACAGGAUAUUUGCUUUGAAACAAGGGCUUUUUAGUCCGCUGAAAGAGGUUGCAAUCAUUGACGUUUCCCAAAACAAGUUAAAUCAGAUACACAGAAAUGCCUUUGAGGGUCUUCAGGGUCACUUAAAAAUGCUCAACCUCUCACAUAACCUGCUUGGGGAAAUCUAUUCUUACACUUUUGCUUCUCUGACUAACCUUACAGUGUUAGACUUGUCUUACAAUCACAUUGGUGUACUGGGUUAUGACUCAUUUCGUGGACUUACCAACCUGAAAGCCUUAUAUCUAACAGGAAAUUCUUUGCGAGAGCUUGGCUUCCCUGCAUCUCUACCAAGCUUGGAGUAUCUCCUGUUGAAUGACAAUAAGUUGACGUCCUCGUCGGUGGGCAGCCUCACGCGGUUUGCCGGUAAUAUUAAGUAUCUGAACAUCCAGGACAACAGAUUAACAAAUUUGGGGGAUGUUUACGCCUUUCUGACUCAGCUGAAACACCUCCAGAGCCUUUUUUAUGGAGGAAACACAGUCAGGUGGUGCACACUCAGUGGACAAGUUUCAGCACUUGAUAUGAACAAUUUACAAGCCCUGGACCUUCACAGCAGCUCCCUGCAGUCUGUCUGGUCUCAGAGGAAGUGUCUGAAUCUGUUUGACAAGCUUAGUCAUGUGCUUUAUCUCGACUUGAGCUUCAACGCAUUGCAGUCUCUUCCACAGGGCAUUUUCAAGGGUCUGACCUCGGUAGUAAGGAUGGACCUCUCAUCCAACGCCUUGACUUAUCUCCAGCCUGAUGUGCUACCCAAAAGUCUGAAAUUACUUAACCUCUCCGACAACUUCGUAGCUUCCCCUGACCCCUCUGCUUUCCGUUCUCUCAGCUUCCUCGACCUGAAAACGAAUCGAUUUCACUGCGAUCCAAAUCUGAAGAGCUUCCUGACUUGGCUGAGCAAGACCAACAUAACCUUCCUGAGUCCAGUUGAGGAGCUCAGAUGUGAAUUUCCUUCAGGUCUUUACAGUGUUCCUUUGUUAGAUUACUCUGCUCAGGUCACACAGCAAUAAAAGCAGCUAAAAGUGAACACAAGUGCCAUGAAUUGUUGAUUUGAACUUAUCACAUGAAGCUGUCUGCAUAAUUUGAAUUUGCCAGAUAAUCACAGAAAAAAAAUAUCAAAUUUGUAUAUAAAAACUGUAAGUGCGAUAGUAUUUCAGAUAAUGUAAUAAAAUUGUACUUACAAUAUAAUUAAGAGAAAA